GACCUGGUGACCGCAAUGUGUUUCGAACGGUGAAGUAUCCAUUAAAAGUCAAUAUAUGGAGUUGUUUGUCUGCUUUAGGUUUCGGUCGGAUUGUUUGUUUUCAUCAUAAUUUAAAUAGUAGGUUUCUUUGCAACGAAAUAUAUAAGAAUGCUCUUCUACCUACUGUUCGAAUUCACUUUGGACGACGUCGUGAUUGGGUCCUUGUCGAGGACAACGAUCCAAAACAUCGUUCUAACAUUAGUAUUGAAUGGAAGCAACAGCAUCAUGUUACAACACUUCCGUGGCCUUCUCAUAGCCCAGAUGCAAAUCCAAUCGAAAAUCUGUGGUCCUUACUCAAAAUUAAAAUUGCAAGUCGAAAGCCAAAAACAAUUAAGGAUUUAAAAAGAGCAAUUUACAAGGAAUGGAAUGAUCUUCCGACGGAUUUAGCACCAAAACUUGGAUGGAGUAUGAAGAAUCGUGUAGAUGAUCUUAUUCAGUCUUCCGGCGAAUACAUACUCUAUUAG